CACAACUAGAUCGUCUCCCUUUGAUCAAAGGGAAAUCCCAUUGAAAACGAAAGUAAGCGUUGCCGUGGUUUUACCAAACAAAAAUGAUAGGAGAAAUUAACUGAUUAGUAUGGCGGAUAUUCAAUUUUGUGUCGGUUGUCAGUGUAGGGAUGAAGACAUGAAAGCAGUAUCCUCGUGCAGUGACUGCAGUGAACUUGUUUGUAAGACAUGUGCCAGAGUUCAUGAACGAAUGUUACCAGCCAAUAAGAUAGUACCAAUGAAAGAAAUACAACAACUUAUUUCUUCGUUUCUUGAAAUGUCCGAGAAUUGUGACAAUCAUCCCGAUCAAAAGAUCGUACUGUACUGCUGUCAACAUGACAAGGUGAUCUGCGAUUCAUGUGUACCUGCAUCACAUCAGAAUUGCAAACCUAUCAUUUCAGUUGAAAAAGCUGCCAAGGGCGUGAAAGAUAGCACUGCUAUUUCCGAUCUAGAGAGAAGGAUGGAAAACCUUAGUCAGGUUACAGAAAAAAUACUGAGUCAAAAUGAGACAACACUUGAAGAUUUGAAGAACAUUCGUAACAACAUCAAGAAAAGAGUGUCGGAAAUGAAACAGAGAGUUAUCGGUCAUUUAGAUAAACUAGAAGCAGAUAUAUAUAAAGACAUUGAUAAUAAGUAUAAACAAUGUAAUGAUACGAUAUCCCGAAAUAAAGAUAGCGCCCGGUCUAGCACUGACUCAUUGUCUACAUGGAAAAGUGAUCUAAAAUCGCUUAAACAACACGCUUCUGAAAUCCAUUUAUUCCAGGUAGUAAAAUUUCUCGAUGUUAAAACUCACCAGAAAGAAUUGAAAAUCAGAGAACUUCAAAUAGCAACUGUUCCAACACUUACAUAUCAUCCUUUAGAAUUAGAAUCAAAUGUAAAAGCGAUACUCCUGGAUUUCGGUAAUAUAACGAUAGACAAUGUCCCAGUACCAAAGCCUGUACUAGAUCUCGAUCAACAAAGCCAGGUUCUUGUCAGAGCCCAAGGAGACAAGAGAAAGUUGUCGCUGACAAAUUCAUUCCAGACCACGAAAUUAGGUAAUGGUGUGUGUAUUUUAAGAGGUUGUUUUUUCCCUGGUAAUAGGUUACUCCUUUGUCAGUACAGUGGCAGCAAACUUUUUGCAUGUAAACUUGAUGGAUCAAACUACAAAGAAAUUAAUUUGAAUUUUGAACCAAAAUAUAUAACAUUGUAUAGAAACAAACAUGCUAUAGUAUCUCAAGGUAAUGGAAGUGUCCAGAUCAUUGACCUGACAUCGUUAAGGCCUAGUAGAAUGAUUAAUGUUGGAGGAACGUGUGAAGGAAUCACCAGUUUUAAAGAUAAAAUCUGGGUAAAAAAUGAACGCAACACUCUAACCAUAGUGGAUAUCAAUGGUAAAGUUCUGAACACAAUACAUACAAAAUUUGAUCCUUGGGUUAUCUGUGCCAACAACAAUGGGGAUGUCUAUUGUACUGACAAUUUUAGUAAUAAAGUCUUCGUCGUUACAUCAGAUGGAAAAGAACGUGAAAUAUACAAGAGUCCUGACCUGACCAUAACUAGUGCUGUGGCUGUAGACGACCGCGGUGAUGUGUAUGUAGCAGGGCGAGGAUCGAAUAACAUACAUAGAAUAUCUAAUGAUGGACAGAAACAUGAUAUCGUCCUGACUGCAGAUGAUGGUAUCUAUCAACCUAUCGGUUUAUCUUACAACUGUGAAACAAGAGAACUGUUAGUAGUAAAUAAUUAUAAUAACAUAGUCAAUAUUUAUAAAAUACAAUAAUGGAACCAUGUCAGAUUAUGAAUUCAAAUAACUAAUUAUAUUGCUAUGUAUUCCAUUUCGGACGGAAAUAAUCAAUAAAAUCUAUUUUUGAUAUGGUGUGAAAUAUUCUACGUAAAGAGGUUUGAAUAAUUCCUUCUUAAGCCGACAACAAACUGACAACGGAAUAGACCAGAAGACAAACAAUAGUAUUCAAAACACAAUAUAGAAAACAAAAGACUAAGCAACACGAAGGGGUGAUUUCAACUUCACCACUUGGUUUAAUAUCUUCUUUGUGAGCAACAACAUCUAUCAAGGAAAUAAUAGGAAAUUCAAGCCAUGGAAUAUCGUAUCAACUGGAAGAUACUUCAAAUGCAGGCGCUGCUGGAAUGUUGCUAAUCUAUUGAAAACUUAUUCGCUAAGAAUACUACAGACUGUUUAAGCAUUGGACAUUUUGAAAAUUAAUCAAAAACAAACCCAAGGUGGAAGAUUAGCGAUCAUUGGACGAUUUUUAAAUCUGAAAACAAGACCAUUAAUUUGAAAAGUAAAUUUACAACUUUUGUUUACGAUUGCCAACUUGUUAACAAAAUCAACCAUCAGUGUUUGCCAUGUCUGCUGUAUACGAUAGCCAAACACUGUUGAUUUACCAAUUUCAAUUGUGUAUAUAACAGUGAUUAAAUAACAGAAAUUCUUCUUAUUUGGUUAGAAAGUCGUAUAUGUCACUGACUUAUUUUAUGAAACAUAUAUAACUUGUGAUUUCCAAUUAUAGUUUUGAAGAAAUAUGCUAUUAUUUACGCAACUGUUUUAAAAUGAGAGAUCCUCCAACUGAAUUCAUUGAUAAGUUUUUUAACAAGACUUAGUGUAGUUCCAACUUCAAAUUUGAAAAACAAAUGACCUGUCACAUAACCAAUACGUGAAACAUAAAACAUUACCAUAAAAAUACUUUAAACAGGAGAAAAUGGGAAAAUAUUUUCCUACCUGACAAACGUAUAAAUAUUCUUCGGAUCUGUGUUACCGGUUGCACCUGCCUCACUGAUUGCCGUUACGAGGAUGUAUUGACUUUUCCAUAUUGUUUUUGUAAACAUGCAACAAAGAUUAACAUUUUUGCCUGACGGAAGUCGCAUAUUAGAGGUUUCCCGAUUUGCUACGUAUCAGGUACGGUUGUAUGGCAGACAGUAAACUGUGUGUCGGUUGUCAACGUGGUAACGAAGACAUAAAAGCAGAAUCCUGGUGCAGUGAUUGUAGUGAACCUGUUUGUAAAAUAUGUACCAGAGUUCACGAAAGGAUGUUCCCAGCUCACAAGAUAAUACUGUUAACAGAAAAACGGUCAAUUAUAGAAAAAGUACUACAAGACUUGGGUACAAUAAAUGUAGAGCAUGUCCAAGUACCAAUGUCUGUACUAGAUAUAGACCAACAAGUUCUGUUUCCGGUCAAACCACAGGGAGACCAGAGAAAAUUGUCAUUGACGAAUUCAUUCCAGACUAGGGUAUUAGGGGAUAAUGUGUGUAUUUAUAAAGGUUGUUUUAUUCCUGGUAAUAGAUUAAUCCUUAGUCAGUACUUACAAAGUAAUCUUUUUGUUUGUGAACGAGAUGGAUCCAACCCCAAAGUUAUUAACUUGGAUUAUAUACCAGAAUGUAUUACCUUGUAUGACAAUAAUCAAGCUUUAGUACCUGUAGGUGGGGAAAGUGUGCAGAUAAUCGACCUCACAUCAUUAAAACUUGGUAGAAUAAUUAAAGUUGGAAGAUGUUGUUAUGGAAUAACCAGUGUAAAGGAUAAGAUAUGGGUAAAUGGUCAACCCAAAACUCUAUCCAUAGUGGAUAUUAAUGGUAAAGUUCUGAAAACAAUACGCACAACAUUUAAUCCUUGGGAUAUCUGUGCCAACAAAGAUGGUGAUAUAUUUUGCCUUCACGAUAAUAGUGAUAAAGUCUUCGUCGUUACAUCGGACGGAAAAGAACGUGAGAUAUACAGCAGUCCUGACCUGGACGAUUCUCAAGGUGUGGCUGUAGACCACCGCGGUGAUGUGUAUGUUGUAGGGAGAGGAUCAAACAACAUACAUAUUAUAUCUGAUAAUGGACAGGGACAUGAUAUUGUCCUGACAGCUGACGAUGGUAUCAACCUACCAGGCGGUUUAUCUUACAAUUAUGAAACAAGAGAACUGUUAGUUAUAAACAACAAUUACGAAACAGUCAAUAUUUAUAAAACACAAUAAUGGUUCAAUGUCCGACUGUAAGUAAAAGAAAAAAAUAUAUAGAUAUUGCUUUAUAAUCCAUUUUUGUCAGAUAUAACCAAUAUAAUUGAAUUUAUAAAAUAAUAUUUUAAUGUUCCCCGCAUAGAAGAAAAACCAUUUUUAAAAGUCUUUCGAUCUCUUCUUAAACAUUAAAUUUACAACAGUACAUGUUUAUAUCUUUAUUUUGAGGUUAUAACAUAAGUGUUUAUUUCUAAAAAUAUGACCAUCUAAUAAAUUCUUAAAGAUAGUUAAAAACUGCGUUUUUGAUACUGUUGGAAAAUUGAAAAAAUAGAGAAAAAAUUAUUGGCCAAUAUCAAAAAUUCUACUGAAACUGAAAUUAUUGAAUUUAGGAUAUAAAGUAAAUCAAUUUGGUUAAAGGUGUCCGAUGAUGA